GAUCCGUCGAGCCGCGCGAGACCUUCUGGUGAAGGCGUAGGGCGGCACGAAAUGGCAGCGUUCCUCAGGUCAAAGUGCUCUUCAGUUGGGCGUGCUAUGAUGGGAAGCCUUGGAAACAAUCUGUACGGGGGCGCUACCUCGUCUAUUGAAACGGUGGCAAGACCAUCUCGUUCUGAUGCUAUCUUCCAGCAAAUCAGAACAUUCAUCCAGAUGAGAACAAACCUCAAGGUGGUGGACAACUCCGGAGCCAAGCGGGUUAUGUGCAUGCAGUCCCUUAGGGGGAAGAAAGGAGCGAGGAUCAUGGACAUGAUCAUCGGUUCUAUCAAGGAAGCGCAGCCUCGCGGCAAGGUCAAGAAAGGAGACGUGGUCUAUGGGGUGGUCGUCGGUGCUUCCAUGAAGAAGGGGCGCAGCGACGGCAGCGAGGUCCAGUUCGACGACAAUGCGAUCGUCAUCGUGAACAACAAGGGCGAGCUGAUUGGCACCCGCGUCUUUGGUCCGGUCCCCCACGAGCUCAGGAAGAAGAAGCAUCUCAAGAUGCUCGCACUUGCCAAGCACAUAGUUUGA